CUUCAGCUUGAACAAACGAACAACGUGAAUGAUGCAUUAUUAGUUAUGGGAGAAUUUCUGGCUGUUUUUCUUGUAAUAACAUUUGUGACUGUUAAUCAUAUUGGUCAAUCUGUGAAGGUCUGUGGACCCAAUAAUAGUACAAUAUCACUGGUAUACGAAUAUCCUGAACCAAGAGGAACAGUAGUAUGGAGGAGAGAAAAUGGGAGUAUUUUCGCUGUUAUAACUCAAGCUAAGUGUGGAUCUUCGGAUGAACCUAAAUACAAAUUUUUAUGUGAAAAUGGUGGACGAAAACAUGUUCUAGAAGUUAACAACCCAGAUGAUGGAGAAGUCUAUUAUACAGUAGAUAUAGCAGAUAAUAGAUCUGUUGUAAUUCAAGAUAAAGGAUCGUUAAACGUAACCGUAAAUGAAGAACCGUUUUUGUGUCAGCUAACAGAUACUGGUGUACAACUGGUGUGUAGUAUAGGAUGCAGUAAACCAGCACCAAAAUUAAUAUGGAAAUUUACAUCUAAUAUGGGUGGAACACUACAAGAUUUAUCAGGUGGAGUGGAAUCUGUUAUUACAGGAUGUUCACCUGGAUACGUUUCUAAAACUAACACUAUAACUAUAUCAAAUACAACACCUAUACUGGGUGGUCUAGAUGGUUAUACAAUAAUAUGUGAGGCUUCUUAUCCUGGCUGUGAUAACACGGUAACACCUGAUCAAUUGAACAAGUCUUGUUCUGUUCGACCAGUCGUACAUAUAGAACCCUCAACCAGUCCAUAUAAAGUUAUAGAAGGGGGACAACUCGUGUUGACUUGUCAAGUAACCAAUUCAGAUUUGGCAGUACCAUCUGAUAUUUAUAAAUGGACUAAGAAUGGUGUACAGAUAACAGGUCAAAAUUCAUCUAUAUAUAGAAUGCAACCAGUAGAGAGAUCAGAUACAGGCAGUUAUUAUACCUGUACAGGUAGUAAUACUGCUGGCCCAGGUAGAUCAUCUACACCUGUACAACUUGAGGUUUUAUUCGGUCCCAUGGUAACUGUAUCAGUUGAUUCUGUAGCUAAAACAGAAAAUGACGACCUUCAGUUGAUCUGUACCGUUGAAUCUAAUCCACCACCAACAACGUUUAAAUGGUAUAAACCAGAUGGUAGUAGUGUUGAUGUAUCUUCUAAUAGACGACUUGAUAUAUCUAAUAUUACCAGGAAUCAGGGUGGUAUAUAUAGAUGUGAAGCUACUACUACUCUAGUACCAACUAAUGGUAGCCCUAUAACUAGAUCUCACAAUAAAACUAUAGAUGUUACUGUACUAUACCUCGAUCCAGUAACUUUAAUACCAACUGGAGAUAAACUGAUAGUAAAUGAAGGAUAUCCAACCAGUUUCACGUGUUCUGCUGACAGUAACCCUGUAGCCUUGAUUACCUGGUACAGUGGUACAACUCAAAUAUCAUCUACACAAAGCAACAUAGAUACAUUUACAAUACAACAACCUUCAUGUCUGGAUACUGGUGACUAUACUUGCCACGCUACCAAUACAGAAAUACCAAAUGUUCAAUACAACCAAUCAUUGAAAGUAUUUAUUAACUGUUCACCUAGACAAGAUACCAGAGUUAUAACAACAUCUAUAGUUAGUAGUAAUAUAAGAGAUAUAGUACAACUGGUAUCUGAUGUUAUAUCCUAUCCACUACCAACCUUCACCUGGUAUUAUAAUAAUAUAACUACUGGAGAUGUUGAACCUAUCUAUAAUGAUGAUGUCUUUAAUCAGAAUGAUACCAGUAUAUCUAUCAACACUUAUAGAUCAACAUUAAAUAUCAACAUUGCCUCCAACAUCUACUAUACAUCAUAUACAGUCAAUGUAUCUAAUAAUAUUGGUUAUACAGAACUAGAGUAUCAAGUUACAGCUCAAUCUAAACCUGGUGUACCUUCUAAUAUCAAUACAUCAGCACCAAGUCAUGACAGUAUCUGUAUUACAUGGACACCAGGAUUUAAUGGUGGAGAUCAACAGGAAUUUAUUGUUCAACAUUCAAUAGAUAAUAAAACCUGGACUAGUUCUACACCUCUAGCAGAAUCUAAACCUGAUUAUUGCAUAAAGAAUCUACAAGCUGAUACACCAUAUUAUAUUAGAGUUAUAGCUAGAAAUAAAUAUGGUGAUAGUCAACCGGUUUAUCUGAGAGUAAUUGCCGACUCAGUACGAACUAUGAAGAAAUUUUCCUCAGACAGUGAUGUUAAAAACGAAAGUCCAGAUGGUGUUGUUGUUGGUGUAUCGGUGAUGUUGGUUCUUGUAACCAUCGUGUCAAUAUUAGCUGUUCUAUCUACCAUAUAUUACCGACGGAAAUAUCAACAGAUACUACAAGGUAGUGAAAUCCCAACUAUCAGACAACCAAACAUUACUGGUUUUGAUAAUAAUGGUUUAAUGUCGACAUAUGAUGGUCUAGAAUUUAGUGAAAGAAGACCAACUGAAGGAACAUAUCAAGAAUUGAUUCAGAAUUCUACUAAUGUUGACGAUACAUCUAGUAACAGAAUGGGAGAUCCAACCUAUAUAAAUACCAGAUUCAGAAUAUAGUUGGUUUCAAUUUGUUGGUAUGUGGUUGAAUGACAUUGUAUAAUAUCCAGUAUACAAUUACAUCACCUUUGUAUCUACCAGUUAUUUAACUUUAAAAUACAGAUGUGACGUCAUCCUUUGAUGUUGGAGUACCAUUAUUUCAAAUAAUCGUACGGGCAAUGUGCCAAGCGUAACUUGAUAAAAUAUUGAACUCGAGUGACGUAUUUCAUUGCAAAGCACGUGCAAGUGUCUGUAUUUUAAGUUGUUUAAUGGUCUCGAGCUUAAGACAUUGCGUAAUAUAUUGUAAAAACAUUCGGGCCUCACGGCCCUCAUGUUGUUACAAUAUAUUACUUAAUGUCUCGCUCUCGACCAUUAAACCACACUUAGUUCAUCUCAAUAGUCCUAUAUAAAGCAUUAUCAGAGUAUAUGUCUUGUAUUAACAUUGCGUAGAUUAUAAUGAAUUAUCCAUGUAUAUGUCUUGUAUUAAUUAUUUAACAUUGAGUAGGUUAUGGAAUAACUCUGUAACUGAUUUUAUGAUUGUAUUGUUUAAAUCAAUAUCCUGUAUAUAAUUACGUCACAUAUUUUACAUCAAAUUGUGGUAUGCUUUAGUUUAUCUUGUGAUUACCACGUUCAGUACAACUUUUUUAUUGGUGCCAAACAGCUAACACCACACCGUGGGGACCUCCAGUGUAUAAAUCUAGUAUUUUGUUUUCUGCGAAAUUUUAUCAACGAUGCUAUACAGAAAACCAACAUCGAAAUAAUAAUAAUAUUACCUCAUAUUCAUAUAAGUACGUUUAAUUCCCUAUGCUUAGAUUCUUACUUGAAAUCGCGUAAUUGUCUGAAAAUUAUUAAUCAGUAACAUUAAUUUAAUGAUCAUAUUUUCACUGUACUUUAUAUUCCACCAUAUAAUAACACUUGUAAUAUAAAACAUUAACUAUUGUUUGUUUUUAACAUUAUAUUUUAUUCAAUAAAUGUCAGGUGGGAUUCAAGUUUACGAAUAUAGCGAAAAAAUUAGCAGUCUUUUUAUUUAUUAAAGAUGCAUAAUGUAAAAUUUAGAUUAAAAGCUGGACGUUCUUGUUAUAAUAGUUCAAAUAUAGAUCAUGAGAAAUUACUAAAUUGAAAAUUUCAUUCAUUUUCCUUUAUUAAUGGCGAAGUUAUGACUGUUUGAACAUUUAGCAUAGGUCGUUCAUCAUCGUAAAAACGGUACUUGUCAACCGAUUGUGCCUUUUAUCCUUAAAUUUUAAAAUCUCGCGCAUGUUUAAAUCCGUUUAAAUCUAGGCCAGUCUGUAAAGAUAUCACAUACCAGGAAGAUCUACGAACCUAUAAGUCUGUAAAGAUAUCACAUAUCAGGAACAACCUGUUCUGUCGCUGAUGUCACUACCGGAAACUGGUGAUGAAAGGACUGUCAAGCGAGGCUACCAUAGCCAUUGAGCAUGUUACUUGAUAAUCGAGAAUAUGUGGGUGGAGUUAUUGUUUGUCAAUGAAAGGAUCGCCAAUUAUCAUAGACGGUGCAGACACAAUUGAUGCCUAUUUCUAGUCCAAAAUUCCAAAAGUGACAAUUCCGAUGAGAACAAAGUGAUCUGACUGAAAUUUUUAUUAUUAUAGCAAGAUUUUUAUUAUUAUAGCAAGAAUGGACAACUCUUUAUAAACUUAUUAACUAAUGUAUCGUUAAAUAAUGAAUCUGAGUACAUAUUCACGUGCAAUAAGUUUAUCA